AUGAAGCUCAACAAGUCUACAAAGCUUAAUCCAGAGGCUCACUUGAUAUAUGCGCUUCGCCUGUGCACCAAACUACUCGCCAAACAUCCAGAUCUAAGGCUCAGCAACAGAGUUAUCAACAUUAUUAACGAAAUAGAUGGCUUAUGUAAAGAUAAUCGCCAACGCGGGUUAGCGAAUCGCAAGCGAAAACAGAAAGAUCCUGCUUACCGGCCUACGAAGCCGUUUAAACGCGUACGCUUGGCGCCUGCAGCUCAACGUGUUGACUUGGAUGCUUCUCGCGGCCCGGCAAAAUUCUGCAAUAAUACCUCUCGCGAUCAAACCUGUCCUGAAACCUUUCCACGAACCUCCGGCGAUUCAACCUCUGACGGCCCUGCAACAUCCUGUGAUGCUACUACUUAUGGUACCUCCGGUGCGACAAUCGAUCCCGCUAGAACUUCGCCUGAAACGUUCGGUCAUCCAUCAACAACCAGCCAUUUAGCCUCACAUGGCGCAAUCAGUCAACUACAAGAAACCGCAAGUGAACCCUCUUGCGAUGUGACGAUUCAGUCCCAUGCAACCUCUCUGGAAGCCUCGAACUCCUCCCGUAGAGACGGCUGCGAGACCUCUCGCGAGCAAGCAGCUAUUUUGCACGCAGUCUCUCGAGAAUCAAUGGUCGCCCCACAAGAACCUGCUUCCGAAACUUCUUUCGACUCACUAACACGCUCUCUUGAACCCUCCCACGACGCCUCAACAGACGAUGAAAACACCUCCUGCGCUCACCCAAUCACGGUAGCAAUGGCGAUUGAUAUAAUCCACCAGUUCAGCCAGAAGCUUUACGAACCUCCCCAGCAUAUCUAUGCAGAGAUAGUACGAUCGGUUCAGGAGGACCUUCAAAUUCAAUGGUCCGAUGACAGAUCAUGGAGGGAUAUCAUUGAGAAGUCUUUUUUCAAGGCUCAUAGAUACGUAAUCUUCAACCUUCUUGAGUACAUUGGGGCUUCGGAAUGGUUUGAUAAGCAGGUUACAGAAAUCUCAGCGGCAGCUCCAAGAAUUUGGGACCUCCUUAAAUUGCCUUGCGAUAAACUUGACAGCACGAUCAAUCUUAUUCUUGCAGUCCCCGAGCAGAUGACACUGCUUAAACUCCUGAGCAAACAACUGGAGUACUUGGUCAAUACUGGGUCUACAGAUCUCCAAACCUUUUGCAAUGGCCUGAAAGAGCACCACCUCGUACCAGAGCAGGAAAUUAAGGACUUACUGGUAACUCUGCUAACAGACAGGGGGAACAACGCACAGACACAAACCGAAAACAUAGAAAGCUUGCAUGACAGCAGCCAGGCAGGCCUAGCAUCAGGCGACCAUGUUGUUGCUUCCCAGCGCCAAUUCCCACAUGCAAUUGAACCCGACUUCAAGGUUUUCAAAGACAAUGACAACUCAAGUAUCAUAACGUCAACAUUAUAUCAGAGGACAUCUCCGAUGUGA